CCCGCCCCCGGCCCCGCCCCCCAGCUCUCCGCCCCCUCCUCUAGUGGUGGCGCCGGGUUGCAACCCCGGUUGUGGCGGUUUUGGUGCCUGAGGCCGGGAGCGCGGAGUCGUUCCCAAGAGAGGCGGCCAGGCUAUGAUCGCCGGGCCCCGGCGUCCCUAUCCGGCCAGCGAGACUCCCUGUCUCUGUCUGUAUCCUUGCCCGAGCGGUCCCCUCAGCCCGGCCCCGCGGCGCGGUUGGCGGCGGCGUCCGCGGCGCGCCCCCUCCUCCGAUGGCGGCGGAGAUCCAGCCCAAGCCGCUGACCCGCAAGCCGAUCCUGCUGCAGCGGGUGGAGGGGUCCCAGGAGGUGGUGAAUAUGGCCGUGAUCGUGCCCAAGGAGGAGGGCGUCAUCAGCGUCUCGGAGGACAGGACAGUUCGUGUUUGGUUAAAGAGAGACAGUGGACAGUAUUGGCCAAGCAUAUACCAUGCAAUGCCUUCUCCAUGUUCAUGCAUGUCUUUUAACCCGGAAACAAGAAGACUGUCCAUAGGUCUAGACAAUGGUACAAUCUCAGAGUUUAUUUUGUCAGAAGAUUAUAACAAGAUGACUCCUGUGAAAAACUAUCAAGCGCAUCAGAGCAGAGUGACGAUGAUCCUGUUUGUCCUGGAACUGGAAUGGGUGCUGAGCACAGGACAGGACAAGCAAUUUGCCUGGCAUUGCUCUGAGAGUGGACAGCGCCUGGGAGGCUACCGCACCAGCGCCGUGGCCUCUGGCCUGCAAUUUGAUGUCGAAACUCGGCAUGUGUUUAUUGGUGACCACUCAGGCCAAGUAACAAUCCUCAAACUGGAGCAAGAAAACUGCACGCUGGUCACAACGUUCCGAGGACACACAGGUGGGGUGACCGCCCUCUGUUGGGACCCAGUCCAGCGAGUGUUGUUCUCAGGCAGUUCGGAUCACUCUGUCAUCAUGUGGGACAUUGGAGGAAGAAAAGGAACAGCCAUCGAGCUCCAAGGACACAAUGACAAAGUCCAGGCUCUGUCCUACGCACAGCACACGCGACAGCUCAUCUCAUGUGGCGGUGAUGGCGGGAUUGUCGUCUGGAACAUGGAUGUGGAGCGGCAGGAGACUCCUGAAUGGCUGGACAGCGACUCCUGCCAAAAGUGUGAUCAGCCUUUCUUCUGGAAUUUCAAGCAAAUGUGGGACAGUAAGAAAAUUGGCCUGAGGCAGCACCACUGUCGCAAGUGCGGGAAGGCCGUCUGCGGCAAGUGCAGCUCCAAGCGCUCCUCCAUCCCCCUGAUGGGCUUCGAGUUUGAAGUGCGGGUCUGCGACAGCUGCCACGAGGCCAUCACGGAUGAAGAACGUGCGCCCACGGCUACCUUCCAUGACAGUAAACAUAACAUCGUGCAUGUGCAUUUUGACGCAACCAGGGGGUGGCUACUGACUUCUGGAACUGACAAAGUUAUUAAGUUGUGGGAUAUGACCCCAGUAGUGUCUUGAUGACUCUCCCAGGAAUCGGAAGGAUAGUGUUUACUAAAGAAAUGGUUAUUCUAACCCAGAUCAUUACUGGUGAAGUAAAGCGGUCAUGUGAGAAGUAAGAGAGAAACUCGAGGCCGUAGAUGAGUCUGCAUUUACCGACACGCACAGUGGUGAACAGUGAGUGAGUGCUUGCUGGAGCCUCUUCCAACUUGUUCAUACAAUAUAAAAGAAGAUAUUUUUUUAACAAAUGGUUUAUACAGUCUGGCUGUGCUACCUUGUUUUGAGUAUACUGAAAAAUCUGUGUAGUGUUUAAUUUCUGUGUUUUCCAAUGCUUCAUGUUCCUUGUUGCUUUAUGUGGGGAAGAGAUGAGGAUGUGUCGUUCAGGGUAUGUGGGUUGCUGGAGCGUAAGUUGCUGUAUUUUCUUUACUUGGGCACGCACCACAUGGCCAGCAUCUUUGUCUUCUUUUCUGUCUGCCUCUCCCACACCCUCUCUGCUUUCUGCCAGAGUACGUGCACUGGCACCAUUUAUCUCCAUUCACGCCAUUAUGGUUCUGCUUCCAUGUCCUUGUCAGUGGGGAGAUUUGGAAAACCAUGUGUGUGGCGUCAGCAACUGACUCCUCGAAUCACCUGAAGAUCAUUUGUAAUGCCUGACUCCUUCAUGUUCUUACGAGUAGAAAUGUUAUGUUUCUGCCUAGGUUUUCUGUCUUGCCCACAUUAACAAAAAAUGCUGUGAGAAAAGCUGCUCCCAACCAUUGUGCUCACAGAAGUAGCUAACUACAUAACUCAGCUUCAACCAUCAGUGCCUGGAUAAGCGAGAACUCAGCUGGAGCCUCCUGAGCCUCUUAUGUUUCAGUGUUUUUGACACAACGCCCCUCACUCAUAACCUUAAACACAAAGAAAACAAAACCCAGAAACCUACCUGCUUCAAAAAUAAGUGUCCUCAAGGCGUGUUUUUGCACGUGACAUCAUCUCUGAACUUGACAUUACUGCCAGAUUGUAAUCCUGCUCUGUUCCUGUCACCUGCAUCUUCUGCCCCUUCAAAGCUAGCUGUUGUAGACAUUUUAUCUUGAUGUGUUUCACCAGAACACUUUGCACACUUUCAUACUUGAUCUGUAUGUGACCUGAGACAUGAAGGUACUAAAUCCUACAGCACACACGGUGUUCCUGCUGGGGAUGUAGAAGAGGACUUGAGAAUGAACCUGAAGAACUCCUGUCUCUAAGGGAAUCCAGUCAAGCUUGAGAAAGUGGAAUAUUCUUAUGUGUAAUAACUCAACUCAGGAUUUUGAAGUCCUUCUGAAAACUCUUGUUUUCACCUGUCAAAGUCGGCUUUAAAUUAGCAGCAAGCAUGUGCUGGGUGCCUGCCCCGUGCCAAGCACUUCACCUGCACCGCCUCACCCCAUCGGCAUCAGGCAGAUCAGUCUCUUGAGGAUCUUCAGGCUAAAUAAAGCCUUGUGGAUAAAUCACAGGCCAACUGCUCGCCCUUGUCCACAGCAUCUUGUUCACUUCUGAUGAGAGAGGUUUUUUGAUGCUGGUAUUUGAGUGAAAUCAGAAUCCUCCCAAUCUCCACUCCCCAGAAAGCAGUGUGUUCCCCUCACAGUCAUUCAGGACUUCGCCAUCUAACUGGGGGAAUGACCCUGAACCAUACUUGGAUACCAGCCCUCACACCGACCAAGCGAGCCGCCCUGGGAGGAGGCUUCCUGGAGAUGAUGUUGCUGGCCUAGCAGUGGGCAGCAGGGCCAGUGUGUGUCCCACGCAGCCAUGGUACAUGACAGCCAUCACAAGACUUCAGAGCAGAUCAGCCCAUCUGACCGGAAGGCUGCAGGUGUACAUGCGUGCACGCACACACGCACACACACACACACACACACACAAGGAAGCCAUUGCCACUUGCCAUUGUUGUAACUCCUUUGAGUCUUUUCUGCAUGAUUGCUCUGUGAGAGAGCUUUAAAAAGGGAAUUACAUUUAAAAUAUUCGAAUAUCUAUUUUGAGUUUAUUACUAGAACCUGCAGCUGAAUUGCACAUAAUAGAGAACUAUGUGUUGGAAAUGAGUAAUAGUACUGCAUCGCUCUGUUUUCUCUUCCUAAACUUAAGAGAGUAGCGGGGGGCGGAGCCGGGGGUUGGGGGUGGUGGUGACAGUAGUAGGGGAGGUGGAGGCUCAGGCACCCAGCAAGGCUCGCAUGGAUUCUGAGUUAGGUCUGGAUGGGCUCAGCCCUCCUUCAGGAGGCCAGUUGUCCCCGUUAGGUCCCCCAUCGUGGUCACUCUGCUCUAGGACCCUGUGCUUCCCUCUGGCCACCCCACUCCUGGCAUCGCCAUGGCUCACUCAAAGGCUGAAACCAUUCAUUGGUUUGAAAACUACAGAUGCGUCCACUGCUCAGUCCUUUUCUUUCUCCUCAUCUGUGGGUUACCUGAACUUGGCGAAAAGAGUUAACAAACCAACCGUACGUGUUUGUAACACUGUGAGUUCUGCAGCUCUGCAGGAGUGUCUCCACCGUUUUUCUAACUCGCAGAGUAGCCUUUGCCGGUGUUGGCGUCUUCCAGGCGUGUUAUGGGGAGAGAAGGUUAGCACCAGCACCUAGCUGUUCUCCUGCCUGUCUUACUCUGUUGGAUAUGCACUUUACGUAUGUUUUUUGCUCUGUUACUUAAACAUACAGCAGCCCUGGCAAAUAAUGUCUAAUGUGACUACAGGGAGAAAGUGACAAAAUUGCACACAUCACACACAGAGCUCUUCUCUAUCUGACAGGAGAAAACCAAUCGCGUGUUUUCAGUUCCUCUGAUGGGACAGUUCCUUCAAAGGGACAAUAUUAGUGGAGCCUCCAGCUGCCUACAUGUUUCCUCAGUAGCAAGAAUAGUUUUAGAUUAAGUACCUGGAAUCUCAUGUCAUUUUAUUUGAAGUCAAUUGGUCAUAACGUAGUUCUCAUUUAAUUAUUUGAAUUAUUCAAAGAAACAAAAUCACAAAACUGGAAGGGAUCUUGAGAUCUAGCAUGUUCUAAGCAGAAAAACACUUCAGUCAUACAGGCAGGCAGACGUAGCCAAGGUGUAAGCAAGAGAAUCUUAAAGAAUGUUUGUGAACAUUGCCUCGUGAUGGCCGGAGUGAGAGGAGCAGCUUCCAGUGCCUCGAGACGGGGAGCCCCCUGGAACCAGGUCUGCUCCUCUGACUGUAAGCACAUUUGACACUGCGGUGGCCGCCGCCCUCUGGAUAUAAGUAGGCGGGUUCUGUAUGAGGAGGCGAUGAUCGCAGUUUUCAUCCACAUAAACUCCUUCCUACACUCAUGCCUCACAGUGGCAAAACUGGAGUGGAGUCAGGGGCUCUGAAAACACACCUUCCCCUGUGCGUCACAGGCCCUAGGCGAGUCGCUCAGGCCUGCAGUGUUGGCCUUUCUUAGGGAACGUCACCUCUCCAUCGUGCAGAUUAGUUGCUAAAGAGUAUGACUUCUUUUUGCUUAGCACGAACCAACUCUUAAAGCCCAAAUCUUGGCUUUUAAGUAAAAGGCUAGCUCUAAACUACAUGUCACAGUUACUGGACACAAACAUUCAUUCAUUAGAGGUUGCUUUGUUUUUGCCUCUUCAUAGCAAUUUAAUUGUAUGACAGUGAGCAUGUUUACUAAAAUUUAAAUUUUAAAGUAAAAGAAAGCUUCCUGCCAAAAUGUUAUUUCACCCUAGUUUAAGACAGGUUAAAUUUUUCCUGAUGUGAUGGUGGGUAUUUAAUGACUUGAUUGUAAAACAGAAGUCAAGGCCAUUUUGAGCUCCCAGUUCCCUAGAUGAGCCUUGAGAUUCUAGCCCAGAGCUACUUGUUGAAUGCCCUCGGGAGAACCAGGCUUUGCCCGAGACACUAGGCUUACAAGACCCCCAAGGCCCAUUCUCUGGCCAGGGUGAGGCCACACGUGGGUAGAUGGAGGAUGGUGGCACCAGGUUAUGAACACAGGGCCCCACCCACAGCACCUCAGCUCCGCGGGAGGGGCUUCAGAGAGGAAAGGGCCUCGCAGCCGACGUCAGAUGUGGCCGAGUGAACUGAGGGAGGGGAGGAAAGGAAAUGACCGCAGGCUGCAGGCACGGUGUCGGUAAAGCCGAGAGCUGGGCUCCGCCUGUGUGUGCAGGGCCCACAGGGGCUUGGCGUUGCCUGAGAAGGUUGAGCAGCUCAGCCACAGUCCCGGAGCCUGAACUGGACACUGUGAGGUGUGGCUGCCCGUGGCCCUGGAGACGAUGCAACACACAGUGCCCGAGGAGCGGCUCUCGCAGAGUUUCAGCCUCUAGCCAGCCCCAGCAUGCGUUUCUGUCUCUUUGGAAGUUUAGAACUAUUCCCUGAGGAUGACCCAUGGUGACUAAUUGGUGGUCUCUCUGCGAGGCUGGCAGGUGGCGCUGGACACAUCACACGCACCGCCCUGGUCCAGGAAGGACUUCCGGGCUCCUCCUUAGCAGGGCCGGGCUUGGCUCACCUGCUGCACUUGGGAAAAGACCCUGACCCAUCACGGGGUUGCGCUGGACUCAUCUACAGCACUGCGUGUUUUGGUGCACAAGCGGCAGCCGCCGCCUUCCCUGUUCUUGGCCUCAGCUUGCCUGUUCUUGCAAGUAGCGGAUCCUUUGAGCACAGCGUGGUGCAUGUGGUAAAUGCUCAUCCCAGUGCCUCUUGGCAAGUGGAAGUGAACGGUUUUUCUCAAUUCAGUUGUGGAAACGGCUCGGGGCAGCCACAGCCAGGGAGCCCUGGCUCUGCUGAAGUGGGGAACAUGUGUGUUUGUGGUUAAACUUCAGCUCAGCUUUAGAGCGGGAGCCACGCUCUACCCACCGGAGUUUCCGUUGGUGUUUUCACCGACCAACGGCCUCUCAACCCAGAAGCCUGUUUUAGCCCGCACACAGAGCAGUGGCUGAAAAUUAGAUGUGUCCUAAACGGGAGUGGGAUGCCCCCCUUUUAUUCCCCAUGCCAGGGAAUUUUUUUAAAUAGUAGUUAGCACCUUGACCGAGAAGUCAGAAAGGAGAUUGAAGCUCCAAGUGAGGUAUAGAUGCGCUAGUCAUCCUUAAAGUUGUUCCAGCUCUGUGGCCUACGAUUCCAUGAAUCCAAUUUAUGAUUAGACCGGCCUGAGCCAUUCCCAGUGACCGGCCCACGCGUGUGUGGCUGACAGCUCAGAUGAUGAGAGCGUGUCACCAUGCCUUUGUUGCCUUGUGUCGUACCUAGCGAAUUCCUUUCCAGAUUUUCCCAUACUCAGCCUGGGACACUCGGUUUUAGAAAAAGAUGGUGAAGAUGGGAGUUAAUCACGGUACUAUCUCAUUAAAAACAGAUACCUCAAAAUGUUCGUCUCUGUGAGUCAAGAAGAGUGUCUGACUUUCUUGGGAGAGGGCACUCAGGUUGGCCCAAAGGUUAGAUUUAAAAUCCCACUUUGAUGUUUGUGGGUCUUUCUCUUUUUGUUUCUCCACUCUGGGGCAAACAGAAGAGUCGGCUGUAAGCUCACAAGAAGGGGAAACGGUUCGAAGAUAGUAUUGCACUUUUUUAUCAUUUAAAGGGAUGCAGCCUUCUGUCAUAGGGUACGCCAGUACAAAGUAUGGACCAAAACACUUGUGUCACUCUUAACCAUUGUAUUCUUACAUGUUUGUUCUUGCGCUAUUUGCCUUGUUUUUCAAAAGCAAUCAAAAUGGCUUUGAUUUUCAAGGUACCGUUGUUUUGCCGAAGAAAGUCUUUAUAUACAAAAUAUAAAAACUGUUAUUAACUGGACAGGGAAGGUGCUAGCCCCACAUUAGUGCCUUCCCAACUCCUUAUUCAUAACCAGGGACACGGACAUGCUGCACGUCUGCUGGGCCAGUGGCCCACAUCUGGACCCAGCUGCGGCGGGCCUGUUGCUUUAUAGAUACCUUUUUCUUUUCCUUUUAUGAAAUGAAGAGCUUGCCCAAGGGGCCGGGCUGAGAGGCUGGUAAGCAUGGAGCUGCAGCAGGUUACACCAGUCUGGCUGCACCCCUCUCUGCUCUCUGCCACUGGCUUCCCCCAGCCAGCCUUGGCACUGAGCUCCCGGAUGUGCAGGUGGUAUCAAGCAAGACUUUCCUCUGAUGUCAGAGCGUCUGCAGCCGGUGCCUCCGGGCGCUGCUGAGCGUCGGGAAUGCGUUUAUGCACUCACUUUCCCACUGUGCUUCCUUCUAACCUAAAUGUCCCUGUAGCCAUUACCAAUGUAAGACUCAUAGUGCAGAGUCGCCUCCAUGGUGUGAAAUAAACCUGUGCAAACCUUCCUGCA